AUGGAUUCAGUUAACCAAAUUAAGCUGGAGGAAUCAUUUAAUAAUGAAUUAAAAGAUACUAAGAUGACAAAUAAUCCUAAUUUAUCAAGAAGCGAUAUUAUCCCUGGAUCUAAUACAGGAACUAAUAAUACAAUUGGCGCUUCUAAUUCUUCUUCUGGUGUUACUGGAACACCUAGUGCUAUUGGAACUAAUCUUUUUGAUUUAACUGAGAACAAGACCUUAAAUGAUGAUUCAAAUAAAAAUACAGGAGAAAGCAUGAUGGAUACUGAUUUACCUGGAUCAGUAGAUGAUGAGGAGAUGAAGAGAUCGAUUUAUAUUGGAAAUGUUGAUUAUGGCACCAAACUUACAGAAUUACAAGAUCUUUUUAAAAGUUGUGGAAGUAUUAACAGAAUUACAAUUAUGAAUGACAAAAGAACUGGAAUGCCAAAAGGGUUUGCUUACUUGGAAUUUUGUGAACCUGAAGCUGUUGAAACUGCUUUGAAAUUUGAUGGAGCUAUGUUUAGAGGCAGACAAAUCAAAGUCUCCACAAAAAGAAAGAAUAUACCCGGAUAUAAUAGAGGAAGAGGAAUGGGACCAGGAGGCGGAUUUAGAGGGGGUAUGGGAAGAGGAGGAUUCAGAGGUUAUUCUAGAGGAGGAAUGAUGUCUGGCGGUCCGGGACCUAAUAUGCGUGGCUAUUAUGGUAAUCCUUAUAAAUCUUAUAAGGGAGGGGGGGGAGUUGGUGGUUAUUCAGGUAAUAGACAUAUUGUAAAUCCUUAUUGA